UGCGUGUAAUUCGUCUUCUUCGCCACAAGGUGGCUGGUGUGUAAUAAAUGGUGGCACUAGAACUCCCUUAAAACCCCGUAUGUUAUUGUUGUAGGCCAGCUAGCUACAGCGCUUCGUCGCCGGUAAAAUUCUGCCGCACCGAGGGAUUUUAAUCCACUCUGAUUCCCCUCAGUUAAUACUCUGUUCGCCUGUUUACGAGACUUUGGUUUUAUAUAUUUUACCAUGAUUAGAAAGUAGAUAGUUAGGUCUUUAGUUCUACAUUUUAGAGUCAUCACUUUGUCGGGACAGGAGCAGCUAACAAGUCAGCCAGCUAACUAGUUAGCUAGUCAAUUUAGCUAAUACAUUUUUUUCCCGAUCAAGACGUCGAUUGAUACCACUGCUGUCAUGGAAGACAAAUCUUUUACGAAGGAAUUAGAUCAAUGGAUCGAACAACUAAACGAGUGUAAACAACUUACGGAGAAUCAAGUCAGGAGUCUCUGUGAGAAGGCCAAGGAAAUCCUUACCAAAGAAUCAAAUGUGCAGAAAGUGCGAUGUCCGGUCACAGUUUGUGGGGAUGUUCAUGGGCAGUUCCAUGACCUCAUGGAACUCUUCAAGAUUGGGGGGAAAUCUCCUGACACCAACUACCUGUUCAUGGGGGAUUACGUGGAUAGAGGCUACUACUCAGUGGAAACUGUCACACUUCUCGUCACAUUAAAGGUCCGUUACCAAGAACGAAUCACAAUUCUGCGAGGAAACCACGAAAGCAGGCAAAUCACACAGGUGUAUGGCUUCUAUGACGAGUGCUUGAGGAAAUACGGCAAUGCCAACGUGUGGAAAUCCUUCACAGACCUGUUUGACUAUCUCCCACUAACUGCACUUGUAGAUGAACAGAUCUUCUGCCUACAUGGAGGUCUCUCUCCUUCUAUAGACACUCUUGAUCACAUACGGGCUCUGGACCGCUUGCAAGAGGUCCCACACGAGGGUCCAAUGUGUGACCUUCUGUGGUCAGACCCAGAUGACCGUGGUGGCUGGGGUAUCUCCCCUAGAGGUGCUGGCUACACCUUUGGUCAAGACAUCUCUGAAACCUUCAACCAUGCCAACGGACUCACCCUUGUGUCCCGUGCCCACCAAUUGGUUAUGGAGGGAUACAACUGGGGCCAUGACAAAAAUGUUGUCACCAUUUUCAGUGCACCAAAUUACUGCUAUCGCUGUGGCAACCAGGCAGCCAUCAUGGAGCUGGAUGAUACACUCAAAUAUUCUUUCCUACAGUUCGACCCGGCUCCUCGACGCGGAGAGCCUCAUGUGACUAGACGCACCCCUGACUACUUCCUGUAACUGUUUGAAGCCAUCCUUGUUCAAGUACUGCACAUCUAGAUUUGAAUAUACUGUACAAGAGGGGUUUAAUAAAUGCAUUCUACAGAAGAUAAUGGUAUAGGAAACCUACAAAAUAAUAGCAAGAACCCCCUCUGCAGUUUAGAAAAUGCUGUCAUAAUGCUGUGCUGAUAAACAUUUGCAAUACAUGUUUAACUUUUUUUUUUUUUAAUACAUGUUUUAAAGUGAUUGAAAUAUGAAAGUACCAACAUGGACCAAAUGUGCCAUAAAAUCUUAAGACAUGUAAAACUUGCCUUUUUUUUUCACUUCAAUAGAAUACUAUUUGGCCAAUGUUGCUACAGAUUGUACGCAAGACGUGAUAACCAAGUAUUUUGUGGCCAUUACAAGAAAGCCCCAUACAAACCAGCCCCUAGAUUCAACUAACCUGUUCUUGCUGACACGUUCUUCAUUUCGGCAUACAUUCUUUUAGCACUGUUAGUUUCCAGUUGGUUUAAAAAAAAAGCUAACAAAGAUUAAAUCCAUGUUUUGUACCACUCUGUGGUUCCUCACAAUCUUAACUGCUGCAUAUCUAGCAUUUCCAAGCACCUUUGCAGGAACUAGUUGUUUCUAAAAUGUGACCAAAACAAAGCUCUACACACAUGCAAGAGACAUCUCACUUGACACAACAUGAAUGUAAUAUCUUUCUGAAUUCUCUAGUUUUUAUAGAAGCAACUGGAAAUUGACAUUUUAAGGUCCUUUUUUUUCACUUAAUUGAGAACGAAGAAAGUAUCUCCAAGUUAGUUAAAUCUAUGGGCUUGUUUGUAUGGGGUUUUCCUGUAAUGGACACAAUCUUUGGUUGUAAGACCAGCUAAUGUUAUCUGUAGCUACUCAAACUGACUAUGGUAUGAAAUGUUUUUUUUCUUGCUAGAUUGUAAAUUUAGAUUCCUAAAAGUCAUUUAGCUUCUUAGACCAAGUGGCAUUCAUAAAGAUGACUUGCUCUGCUGAACAUCUCAGCAACCUUAUAAUUUGAAUAAAGAUAAUGAACAUUUAACGGUC